GUAUUUACGAGAAGAAGGAAAGGUGCGGCUCCGGUUCAUUGGCUUUAUUUGUGCCCAAACCCUCAGUCGGUCGCCGCCGUCCGCCGAUAGUCACCUCUUCGGCAAGAAUCAAUCUCUUCACACAGGGUUUGACAAACGGUCCAGUAAUUUCUGGUUUAUUUGCAACCUGCUGAACAAGUCGUUUGAGUGACAGAUAUGGACCUAGGAAUGGGAAUGGAGAUGGAUCGUUGUUUUCAAGAACUUGAGCCGGAAAUGUCAGCCAUGAAUCUAUCAGAUGGUGACCCCAUAGCAGUCCUAACUGAACUCAACCACCGGCUCCGCAACAUGAAUCCACCAGAAUCACAUCCAAAGAUGGAAUUCGUUGUGGAAAGGACUGUGGGUGUGUUGCUCAACCACAGGCUCCGCAACAUGAAUCCACCUGAAUCACAUCCAAAGAUGAAGUUCGUUGUCCAAAAGAGCCUGGAAGCUGUGGGUGUGUUGCUUUCCAAGAUUGAAAGGGCAUACGAAAACCUUGGGUUUGACACCCAUCUCAUGAACCAGAUAAUUGUCUACCAUUUCUACAGGGAAGGCUUGUUCUAUGCGGCGAGGUACUAUGCGAAAAGAGCAGGUGUGGUUCCAACUGAGAUCCUCAAGCAAUUUGAACUGGGCAAAUGUAUGCUGAAGCUUUUGAAGGCAAUGGAUGUUGACACUGCACUGAAUUGGGUCUCGGCAAACAGGGAACGGUACGACAAUGGCGCUAAGUUGGAGUUGGGACUUCACAAGUUGAAAUAUGUAGGCCUGUUUGCGGGAUCAGAAAAUCUCGAGGACCCAACAGUACUGGAGUAUGCCAAAACUCAUUUUGGUACUUGGGCUAAACUUAACCAGGAUAAGUGUAAAAAGGUGUUUUGGGAAGCGUCAAGAGCGAGAAUGGCAUGCUGCAAUGGGGGGUUGGAUCAUAUCCCUAUGGACAGGUUGGUUGGUGAUGUUUGGAAAAUGUUCUGUCAAGUCACGCCGGUAACAAGCUCUUUGGACCCUCUGGAAGUAGCCAUUGCUGGUGGGGAGGAUGCAGUGUUGACUCUAAGAAGGUUUUUUGACCAGGCGGAAGGAGAGGGACAACUGGACAGGAAUUUGAGGGAGAACAUUAAUCUGCGGGACCGAUUAGUGGCGCCCAGGAAAUAUGAUAUGUCCCCUGUGCGCUGCCCGCUCUGCCGCAAGCAAUGUAAAACACCGAUCCUGUUGAAAUCCAUGGGUGUAGUCUGCAAUGGGUGCUUCCCCAAAUAUUGUAAUGACUUCUGGGACACCAUCUGAGGAAGAAAGAAAGAAUGAAAGAAAGAAACAACAACAGCAGCAGAGAAAUUACCUGUCUGUGGGUGGUUUGUGAUGCCAAAACUUGGAACUUUAAUGAGUACGUACUAAAUUUAAGUAAACAUCUUUUAAUUAG